CGUGCACCCCCGCGCCUGCGCGCUGCCCAGGCCCUGCCCGGGUGUUGGGGGGGAGCCGUUGGCCCCGGGGGGGUGGGGGACCGCGGGGGAGAGUCGGCACGCGGAGCCGGGCCAGGGCAGCCCGCUCCCGCCACAAUGGCCUCUGGGGUGGAAGUCCUGCGCUUCCAGCUGCCUGGCCACGAGGCCGCGACGCUGCGGAACAUGAACCAGCUCCGCGCCGAGGAGCGGUUCUGCGACGUGACCAUCGUGGCCGACAGCCUCAAGUUCCGCGGCCACAAGGUCAUCCUGGCCGCCUGCUCACCGUUCCUCCGGGACCAGUUCUUGCUGAACCCCAGCUCGGAGCUGCAGGUCUCGCUGAUGCACAGCGCGCGCAUCGUGGCCGACCUGCUCCUCUCCUGCUACACGGGCGCCCUGGAGUUCGCAGUCAGGGACAUCGUCAACUACCUGACGGCCGCCUCCUACCUGCAGAUGGAGCACGUGGUAGAGAAGUGCCGGAACGCCCUCAGCCAGUUCAUUGAGCCCAAGAUAGGCCUCAAAGAGGACGGGGUCAGCGAGGCUAGCCUCGCGGGCAGUGUCAGUGCCGCCAAGUCCCUCCUUCCUCCAGCCAGGACCCCAAAGCCAGCCCCCAAACCUCCGCCCCCGCCUCCUCUGCCGCCUCCGCUCCUGCGCCCCGUGAAGCUGGAGUUUCCUCUGGAUGAGGACCUAGAGCUGAAGGCGGAGGACGAGGACGAGGACGAGGACGAGGAUGUGUCUGACAUCUGCAUUGUCAAGGUGGAGUCCGCGCUCGAAGUGGCACACAGGCUCAAGCCCCCCGGAGGCCUGGCAGGGGGCCUGGGCAUCGGGGCCUCUGUGAGCAGCCACUUGGGGGAGCUGGCCCAGAGUAGCGUGGCCCCCAACACUGUCGCCCCACCGCAAGGUGUGGUGAAGGCCUGCUACAGCCUGUCUGAGGACGCCGAAGGGGAAGGCCUGUUGUUGAUCCCUGGAGGCCGGGCCAGUGUGGGGGCCACCUCGGGCCUAGUGGAAGCGGCAGCGGUGGCCAUGGCUGCCCGGGGGGCGGGGGGCAGUCUGGGGGCAGGGGGUAGCCGGGGACCCCUGCCUGGGGGCUUCUCUAGUGGAAACCCCUUAAAGAACAUCAAGUGCACCAAGUGCCCGGAAGUGUUCCAGGGUGUGGAGAAGCUGGUCUUCCACAUGCGUGCCCAACAUUUCAUCUUCAUGUGCCCGCGCUGCGGCAAGCAGUUCAACCACAGCAGCAACCUUAACCGCCACAUGAACGUGCACCGUGGCGUCAAGUCGCACUCGUGCGGGAUCUGUGGCAAGUGCUUCACGCAGAAGUCCACGCUGCAUGAUCACCUCAACCUGCACUCAGGAGCGCGGCCCUACCGAUGCUCCUACUGUGACGUGCGAUUCGCCCACAAGCCGGCCAUCAGGCGGCACCUCAAGGAGCAACAUGGUAAAACCACAGCCGAGAACGUGCUGGAGGCUGGCGUGGCGGAGAUCAACGUCCUCAUCCGUUGAUGGGCCCCGGGAGGCUGGGGGGCCGGCUUCUGGGGCAGGCAGGCACAUCUGGAGGGGGGAACAUGGGAGAGAAGACCCUGCCUCAGAAAGCAGAAGAAAAUCAAAAAUGGAGCCGGAGACAGGGUUGCCAGGCUGAGGGGAUGUGGGGUCCCAAAGGGAGGGAAAAGCAAAGGCGGAGGGUUUGGAGAACAGCUCUUUCCUGGCUAAAGUUGCCUGGGGGGCGGUCUGGGUUCCUUGAGGUGGGGUGGGGGUGGGAACUGUGGGAUGGCGGGAUGCAGGGUUCUUGCUCCUGUUUAGAGUAGUGACCGGGAAGAGGGAGUGGGGAGACAGGUUCGAAGUCCCAGAAGGAAGGGGAGGAGGUUCUUGCAUGCUGGGGAAGUGGGGCAGUAGGUACAAGGCUCUCCGAGAAUGACAGAAAACGUUAUGUGCCAGGUAAGAGACACGGGGUGCGCACCGUAGCAAGAGCAGUGGGUAGUGAAGGGGUGGGGCAGGGCACUUAGGAAGGCUGUUGGGGAGGGAGAGGA